UCAUUUUACAGCUCAGCUAUGAUAAGAUAUUUUGACUUUAGUGACAACUUUAACUAACAGAUUCAAUGGACUUUUUAUUCUUUUGCCUUCUCCAUCUUAUAAUGCUUACUCUCUGUGCCCAAGAAUCAGAGACAUUGCAGAUGAUAAAACAUAAAAAUUAUGAGACUGCAGUCGUCGGAGGAAACGUGACCAUCUUCUGCAACUUGACAAGUCUGGCAAAUGUUGAGCAAAUCACCUGGCAAAAGAUCCAAGACUCUUUGCCUCAAAAUAUUGGCACUUACAGUCACAAAUACGGGGAAAAGAUCCUUCCACCAUAUGAAAACAGGCUUCACUGCAAGAUCCUGGAACCCAGCACCUCCUUCAUAACUAUCCAGGAAGUGACAUUUGAAGAUGAAGCCUGCUACAAGUGUCUGAUUAACACUUUUCCACAUGGCAGUCAUGGAGAACAAACCUGCCUUAACAUUUUAGCUGUAUCUGAGUUGGUAACUGAACUCCAAUCUGUUCCUGGCUCUGAAGAUCUCCAUAACCUUCAUUGUUCAGCUGUGGGAAAACCUGCCCCUGGAAUCUCAAUUCACCCUUCAGGAGUCAUAGUGUCCACAGAAGAGUACACUCUUCAGAACCUCAAUGCCACAGUGACUGUCACUAAAAGCUACAACAUCUCUUUGAAAACUGUGAUGUCCUUGGGUCUCCGGAACCUGGUUGUGUCCAUGACUCACCCCGUAAGACAUGAAGAGAAGAUAGUUCCUCUGCCAGUACAUCAAGAAAGUACCAAGGAUCCUUGUUUAAAUUGGAUGAUAACUGCAAUUGUAUUCAUUAUUCCAUAUAUCAUCUUUGGAGCUGUUUUCUCUAUUAAUUUCAAAAGGAAAAGACCAAAACAAUCAUGUUUACGGAAGCAGGAUGAGAGGAGCCAGGAACACCUCACGCUCUCCUGGCAGUUGUCAGAGAACAAGUCUGAAACAUCAACACAGAAGCCUAACCCACUAUCAACACGGGUGCCCACUCCACCGUCAACAGAAAAUGAGAACUUAAUGAGCCAACACCGUCAGACAGAGAUAUAAUUGUGUCCUUUGCUGUACAGAAGCUUUUUAAUUGCAAGAGAUCCCAUUUAUUAAUUAUUGAUCUUGGAGCCUAAGCUGUUGACUGCAAGGGACAAGAACUCGCUAGCUUUUUGAUGACUUCCUCCUGGCAAGACUGCCUUGCUGGGCCAGAGGUGAAGAGAACAUGUUCAGUCCUGAUGCAACUUGAUGAGCUGAGGUGAAAGGGAGCUCCCCUUUUCUGAGGAACAGGCUAAGGGGGAUGA